AUGACAGUUCCUGAGAAGUUUAAAGAUUGUUCUGAGAUUUUAAAGAAGAAGCCUCACAGAAAAAACAGAGAUGGCGUGUACACAAUCUAUCCUAGUAGUGGAACCAAACGAAAGGUGUACUGUGACAUGACGACAGACGGAGGGGGAUGGACAGUAAUACAGAGAAGAAUGGAUGGAACAACAGAUUUUCAGAGUAAGAAAUGGAAGGACUUUGCUGAAGGAUUCGGACACCCUAAACAUGAAUAUUGGUUUGGUAAUGAUGCUGUCCAUGCAUUAACAACGGGAGGAAAAAUGAAAUUAAGAAUCGAUUUGCAGAGAUUUACUGGCGAGAAAGGGUUUGUUUACUACUCAUCUUUUGUUGUCGGAAGUAAAUCAGACAAGUACAAGUUAACCAUUGGAGGAUACAAGGGAUCAUUUGGCAUGAAGGAUAGUUUUUCGUAUCAUAAUGGAAUGGCAUUUUCUACAAAGGAUAAUGACAAUGAUAAAUGGGGCAGCAAUUGUGCUUCUUCUUACGGCAAUGGAUGGUGGUUCAAUACGUGUCACCAUUGUAAUCUCAAUGGAAUAUACUACAAGAAACGGACAUCAUCUUCUGCAGGAAUGACUUGGCUUUACUGGGGAUCUACAAGUUCAUGGGAUUCAUUAAAAUCUUCAAAAAUGAUGAUCAAACCGAAGUAA